ACAAGGGUUUUUAGAGAGUCCAGAGAAUUUUAUUCUCGUCAGUAUUUUAUACUGACCAAAGCUUACAUACUAUAAAACAGCUGUUGUUGACCAGAGACUACGUUGCAGUUUAAGAGAACCGCGUUGCGUGACAUUUAAUCGUUUGAAAGUGCUCGUUUAGAAUUUGUAAUUUGAUUUCGCGACGUUACCUAUUUAAAAACUGAACGUUGUUAAACUUGUUUGGAAAAUCCAGGUGAAGAACAUGUCUGGUGCAGCAGCGAUGUUCGUGUUCUUAUUGCCGGGGAUUCCAAUGUCCAUCGUUUGAAGUCUGCAUGUCCUCCAAAUGCAAGGAUUGACUUUCUGCCCGUAUCUGGUGCAAAGUAUGUGUCUGACCGGAAGGGCUUUAGAAAGCUGCUGCAUCAAGAGCUGAUGUCAGGUUGUUACGACAUAUUGUACCUGCAUCUUGGCUCUAACGAUGUUUGCUGCAAGGAUAGCAAUUUCUACCGUUGUGUGACUGAGAUCCUUGAUGUUGUAUUCAGUGUGUGCACUGAAAUACACGUGGUGCUUUGCGUGAUUCUUCCACGUGAUUUUGAUGUGAGAAUGUUUCCCCGAUGGCCACUCUCAGGGGCACAGUUGAGGAACUACUGCCAGUGGAUAAGGAGCGCAAACAGCAUGCUGUGGGAACUGAGUCACCAUGUGCCUUCUGUGAGAUACAUGGACUAUGCAGCAACUAAACAGAAGUCCCUGUACUUGUCCCAUGAUGGACUACAUCUGAGUGCUGAAGGGGCUAGGAGGUGUUUAGCAUCCAUACAUGACGACCUGCCAAACCAGCUGUGUGUGGAGGCUGCUGUUCAAGAUCCUACAGAAUGGCCAGCUCUCUCAGCCACGGAAGUACCGGUUCAGGAGCAUGACAGCACCAUAGCACUCUUUUCGGAUAUUGUGCAGACUGGAGCUCAACCAGAGAUUCAAGACAAGGUGGAUGCAAGUGAAGUACCAGUUCCCAGGGACAUUAAGCCUCAGACACAUAAAAUAACGGUUGUCACAGCCAGAGCUAAGAGGUCUGCAACCAGAAAUGUCAAAAGAUAUGGAAAAAAGUUGGCAAAGAAAUGCCACACAAGGUCAUGCUGCAGUGAAUUUGUUUACCUUGACAUUACUGAAGAUGUGGCUGUUUUCCUGCCUGCAUACAAGUUGAAUGGCUUAUGCUUGAAACGCAAGAAGAUGGAAGUCAAGACUGGUAAGGUUAAAAGGGAGAAACCUACCAUGACGAAAAAGAAGAACAAACAGGUCCCUUGCUACAAUUGCCCAAACUGCAGGGUGUGCUGUUCAUCUGAAGAUGCCCUGCUCGACCAUUUUAUAACGAAGCAUUCAUCAUGGAAAGUUGAUAGGCCUGACACACUUUUCAAUCAGGAAGAUGAAAUCAACGUGCCAUCCAACAUCCAUUGCCACCGAGACACUGAAGAGAUGCCCCAACAAGAUGACAACGCCGCAAAUGAAGAUAAAGUCAAUGUGCCAUCCCACUUCUUUUUCCAACGAGACACUGACGAGACGCCCCAACAAGAUGUAGACACUUCACAGCUUCUUCUUAUUCUUUCAAAUGACGUUGAACUUAACCCUGGACCGAUAUUCCAGACAAUACCGGUCCCUGUGGAAGCGGUUGGCUCAAGCGAGAAGAUGACGAUAAUUACAGUGAAAAUGGACUGACCAUACACGAAAGACAAAGGACAUUAAAUAUUUACACAAAUUUUGCACCUGUAAAAUGUGACAUUCAUAUACGUGAAUGCUAUAAUUCAAUUAGUAAGCCAUGCAGAAUUCUUUGGGAUGAAGGGGACUUAGAUUGUUUACAUGUAUUAAGUAGGGAUACAGCAGCAGGAGAUGAAAUAGGGUGGGAAUUUGUAUCUAUGGUUAUGAAUUCUAGUUGCACUUUUUCCUCUUACUGCCAGUUUAAAAAUGAGAUGUAUAAAACUCGCCACAAUAAGGCUAGGUUUAUGGAUCAAACAGUUUUUUUUAAUUUUUGGUUCAGUUGGGCUUCAAACAUGAAAAUAGAUUAUUCUAAAGUUGAAACUUCUGCUCGAGGAACAUCAACAUUAUUUCUUUGGUUCUGUGCAGACCAUGGACAUUGCUAUGGUUUCCACAUGACUGGGGCAGAAGGAAGAAAAGAUCCCGCAUUAUCACUCUAUAGCUAUUUAGAAACCCCUCCACAAUACGUGUUUUAUGGCUUUGCAUGUAAUUUUCAAGAAUAUUGCCUAAACAGAGAAAGUGGAUACUAUAAAAAUGAACAUUUUUUUCAUGACAUUUUCCAUGGCUACUCCCACAAAUGUUCUAGUGCUUUUACAGCUAGCAGACUUCAAGGCUUUGAAUCUGUAAAAUCUGAAAUAUGUGAACAAUUCAACAGCUUUAUACAGUGCAUUAAAAGGUUGGCCCGUCAGAUGUCACAGUCACACUUUUGCUUUUACCUACAAUUCUUUUUAAAUGAAUGGAAUAAGAAGAAAAAGUUAUCAUAUGAAAAAAGAUAAGAAUUGCUUUAGCUGGGUUAGUUUAAUGUGAUUCUUAAAUGGUCUAUAAUUUUAAGUUCAUCUGAACUUUGAAUACUUACUAUUGCAUCUUUUGAUGCUUUUUUCUAUUUAAAGACUGAGCGAGUAAACACAUACUAUGUAUUAUUAUGCAAUAAUUGUUUUGUGUUUAUAUCUCAACUGAGCAUAAAGUGCUCAGGGUGAGCUAUUGUGAAUGGUCUUGGUCCGUCAUGGGUCAACAUUUUUUACUUAAACAACAUCUAACCUCUGUGCCAAUCUUAAUGAAACAUGGCACGAGUUUUCUUUCAUGAACCUCUUUCAAAGUUGUUAAAUGAAAUGCAUUCCAUGCAUAAAUCUGGUUGCAAUGGCAACCAAAAGGAAAGCUUAUAUAUUUGGCAUAAAACAUCGUCUGGUUGACCUCCUUUGUGAAUUUCAAAAUAUGCUAUACCCAACUCACAGGCAAAUUUGUCCUUAUUUGCUCAUAGUGAACACUUCUUUUAAAUGGCCAGGAAGAGAGUUCAAGUUUAUAGACAAGAACAACAGUCAGAUGAGCGAUAUAGUGUCAUCAUGGCACCUUUAUAGCUGAAUCAUUUAUGAAAAAUUGUCAAUUAUAUGUUCUGUGACUUGUAUGAUUUGCAGUAUUCAUUUCGCUGUCUUCAUGCACCUUACAAAAGCCAUUUUAUUAUCAGUGUUCCUGAUUCUGUUGUAGCAUUUAUUCUUGAAAUUCGUUAUUUUUCAUAUUUUUCCUAAUUGUUAUGCUCCCGAAAUACAAUUUCGCCGGAGCAUAUAGUUUCCAGUUUGUCCUUCCUCACUAGUUUCCCAUAGCACCUUCAAUUCUUUACCGAUCUCUUUCAUAUUAGGCAUGUAGGUACCUUGCAUGGACCUUAACCUUUUGAUGAGGUCACUGGGGUCAAGGUCACCAAGGCUAAUAAUAGAUUUUUCCGUCACACUUUUGUCACAGUUUCUCAUAGCACAUUCAAUACUUUAACGAUCUCUUUCAUAUUUGGCACGUAGGUACCUUGCAUGACCUCUUCCUUUUGAUGAGGUUUGAGGUCACUGGGGUCAAUGUCACCGAGGCUAAUAAUAGAAUUUUUUAAGGUGGUUAUUAACACAUAGAUUGACAUAGCGCAUCAUCGGGGAGCAUCCAUCAGUUUCACUGAUAUUCUUGUUGUAUGUUAUAUACGUGAUCAUAGAUACUGUAAAUUUUGUCUUAUGCGACAUGUUUAUAAUGUAGAAGAUGAGAACCCUGUGUUUAUGCAGUGCCCAUUAUAUAACACAGAUAUGAUUUGUUUAUUCCGCUGUGUUUGAAUGAAAUGGAAACUUUGGUUUGUUCAAUAUGUUAAUGGCCGAUGAAAAUGACAAGCACAUAUUUUUGAUUGCAAAAUGUGUGUAUGUGCAUGCUAAUAUAUAACAACUACGUAAUUAUCAUGCAAAUUAGCUGUCAUUUUAAUUCUGCAUGCUUGUAUUGCAUUGUUUAUUUAUAUCUGAUAAAAAAUACUGAUUCUUAGGUUACUUUAUAAGUAUGUUACUAUUUUGCAUGCUUACAUGUUAUAGGUAGUUAAUUAUAAAGUAAUCCUUGUUUUGGUGGUAUUAUAAUGUAUAGCAGCAUUUGUUCUACGAAAGUGCAUGCGUGUUGCAUCAUAUGACUUUGUUUUCUUUAACUAUUCAGGUUAUUUUAUAUAAUUAUGAAAUUAAACUAUGUAUUAUGGCCCUGUGGCCUGACUGCAAAUAAAUAUUCGUAUUUGUAUACAGUUUUUGUAAUGUGAUGUAUGGUGGUAUCAUGUUGUUUCACUUUUUGAUCAAUAUAACUAUUAUGCAUACAA